CAGAGUUGAUUGAGAGGUUGCCGCAGUGUUCAUCAAACAAGUUGCAGGAGUUGCAUCUACAGUCAAACUACCUGGUAGGGUUCCUACCAAGCAACAUGGGGCACUUGGCCAGUAUAGUCACUCUUGUUCUCAGUGGUAACAACAUUACUGGACCUCUCCCAGCAUUUAUAUGGCAUUUUGCACAUUUGAGGACCCUUGACCUCUCUGCCAACCACCUCACUGGACAUGUGCCAUCUGAAAUAGGUAUGCUAGCUAAUUUGACUAAGUUGGAUCUAAGAGGCAAUGACUUGGAUGGUUCGAUCACAGAAGAACACUUGGACGGUUUACAAAGCUUAGAGUACAUAGACUUAUCUAAGAAUCAAUUGAAGAUUGUGGUGGGUUCAAAAUGGCUACCCACGUUUAGACUACAAGAAGCAUAUUUUGCAUCGUGCCAGGUCGGUCCUCUAUUUCCUGCAUGGCUUAAAUGGCAAGUGGAUAUUCUUCGGCUUGAUAUCUCAAACACAGGUAUAAUAGAUAGGCUUCCAGAUUGGUUUUGUAAUACAUUUUCAAAGGUCACAUUCUUGGAAAUCUCCAAUAAUCAAAUCAGUGAUGGCUUGCCAACAAAUAUGGAUAUCAUGUCAUUGGAAGAACUACAUUUCAGUUCAAGCAACCUAACCGGUCAAAUACCUCCAUUGCCAAGAAACCUCAGCAUGUUGGAUAUCUCAAGAAAUUCUUUAUCAGGACCCUUGCCAUCAAAUUUUGGGGCGCCAAAGCUAGAUUCUAUUAUAUUGUAUUCUAAUUACAUCAGUGGUCAGAUACCAACAUCUAUUUGUGAAUUGAGCUUGUAUGCCUUGGAUUUGGUCAAUAAUCUUUUUGAAGGAGAAGUUCCCCAAUGUUUAAAUAUGUCAGGAAUGACAUAUCUAUUAUUAAGUAACAAUAACUUCUCUGGCAACUUCCCACCAUUUCUACGAAGCUGCACGAGUCUGUCUUUUCUGGAUCUAUCAUGGAAUAGAUUCUCAGGAACAAUGCCAAUGUGGAUCGGGAGAUGCAGUUCAUUGCAGUUUUUAAGACUGAAUCACAACAUGUUCUACGGGCAUAUUCCAAACAGCAUCACAAGUCUCACAAAUCUUUAUCAUCUGAAUCUUGCAGCCAAUUGGAUAUCAGGCUUUAGUUGGUGAUUUAUUAAUAGAGACCAAGGGGCAACAACUCAAUUACCAUGGUGCGGGUCUUUUGGAGAUACUGAGCAUUGACCUCUCAUCCAACCAUUUAACCGGUAAAAUUCCAGACGGGAUAACAUCUCUUGAUGGAUUGGUAAAUCUGAACUUAUC